CUCUAGCACCGUGUAGGUUUGGGUUAAGAAAAGCAAGCUGCCCCAUCUUCUCCCUGCCAUUUACCCUCUCUUUUCCCUCUUCCUGCUGCGUCCUCUUCUACUCCUACUCCUCUUCCUUUUUUCCAACCGCCUAGGCACUGAUCACUAGCCCGCUCGUUCGAUUGGAGCCCCGUAGCUACAUAGGUAGUUCAAAAAAUUAGGUCGACGCUGGCUGUCCUGGGAUGCCUAGCACGUCGGCCUGUCCUCCGUGGCUGGUGCGCAUGGUGGCCGCAAACGACGACCAGGCAUCGUCGUCCUCCUCGUCCAAGGGCGGGGGUGCCGUGCUCACCACCGGCACGGCCACUAUAGACAAGGGAUACCUCGGCGGUGGCGGGGCGGGGAGCAAUGCCGCCGACCCCCAGGAGAGCAGCAGUAGCGGACAGUCCAGGCAUGCGGCGCGCGGCCACUGGCGUCCUGCCGAGGACAUGAAGCUACGCGAACUCGUGGCGCUCUACGGCCCCCAGAACUGGAACCUCAUCGCCGAGAAGCUCGACGGGAGAUCCGGGAAGAGCUGUCGGCUGCGAUGGUUCAACCAGCUGGACCCGCGGAUCAGCAAGCGCCCGUUCUCCGACGAGGAGGAGGAGAGGCUGAUGGCGGCGCACCGCUUCUACGGCAACAAGUGGUCCAUGAUCGCGCGGCUCUUCCCCGGCCGGACCGACAACGCUGUCAAGAACCACUGGCAUGUCAUCAUGGCGCGCAAGUACCGCGAGCAGUCCAUCGCCUACCGCCGCCGCAAGCUCAACCAGGCUGUCCAGCGCACGCUUGACUCGUCCUCCGGGGUGGCUGCCGGUGCUGGGCACGUCGACGUCGUUGGUCACCGCCACAACCACCUCCUGGUCGCCGCCAACGACUCCGCCGUCUUUGCGAACCCCUACGGCUUCAGCUUCAGCCACUGCUGCCUCUCUUUCCCUGCCGGCGCCGCCGCUGCCUCGGCGUUGGAGCCUACCUUCUGCUUGUUCCCCGGGCCCGGCGCCGCAUCCAACUCUGUGCACGACGGGCGCCUCUCGUGGCCGGACGCCAUGGCCGUGCGAGGAGGAGCAGGAGGUGGCGGCCUUUACGGGGAGCCGCUGCCGGCGCGAGGAGGUUGGACCGGCGGCGGCCACCAUGAGAUGGCAUGGUUCAACUCUGACGACGCAAAUGGAUCGUCUGCCGCCGUGUUUGCCGUGACGGACCAAGCUGGCGUUCACUUGGACGGCACGUCGCCGUCGCCGACUUUCAUAGAUUUCCUCGGGGUUGGAGCGACAUGAUGGAUAGACGGAUGCAUGGAUCGAUGCCGAUGCUCUAGCAGAGAGUGCGUGCGGCAGGUGGAUCACUAGCUAGCUCUAGCCUCUAGAUAGCUUACUAUAAAAGGCACUAGCUAUGUUGGCUCUGUAUAUUUGGCUGGCUUGUUUACCACUCUACUUGUUUUAACUCAUGUACCACAUGAA